CAUUUAUAGUAAAAAAAAAAAAGUUGAUAGUAUAUUGAUAGAAAGUGAUGAGUGUUUAAAGAAAGUGUCAGGUAUAGAACAACAGUUCAAGGUAGCAGCAUUGACAGUCUGUGUGGCCACAGCUCUUGGGCAGGAGCUGUUUUUCAGCCUAGAGGUUCAGCAUUACCACCCUGUAUUGUGGAAGAUCAGCCCUGCAAUGAUUACGUCGCCUGCAAACUUGCCAAUCUUGUGUGAACAUGGAGAGUAUGUUAGUAGACUGAGCAUACAACCUUGUGGAGCGUCUGUGCUUAAAUGUCGAGCUAAAAUCAACAAACAGCAACCCAAUGUGUGAGUUGGGAUGUUCCGGGUGGGUUCAGGUUGUGUGCGGUGCAGUGGAGAUGACCUGUUUAUCCUGUAGGCAAGCUGCUGUUGAUCAAGAUUGGGGGGGGGGAGGGUGCUGGCUUUAAUAUGAGUCAGUACCAGUCUCUGACUAUAGUUUUAAAGAUAUUCGCACCACAUUAUGGGUUUGUACUACAGUUUUGUUUGUCUGAAUUUUAUGUACUUUGCUGCUGUAUGCACUAGAAUUUCCCUCCAGGAUCAAUAGAGUUCAUCUUAUCUUAGGGUGAGCAGAUAAUCCAUGUCAGGGAGGACACUUGGAGCUACUUCAGGUUUUAUAAACUACUUUACUUUAAGACUGAAAUGCUCCUGUGUUUGGCUAAAUAAUUCAGUUCGCCUUGUGCUUUGGCUGGUUUGUUUCCUUGAUUGAAAGGCUCAUCCAGCGGAUUCACAUUAAUAUUAAUGGAACAUGCAUGAUUAAAGGAGACUGACCAAUCAGCACACAGCAAGAACUCUGUACUUACGUGAAAUCCAGGUCCUUCUGAUUGAAAUGGUAGUUUAGAAAUCCUGUCCUAGCUCAAAGUGGCCUCCCUGACGUGGAUUGUCUGGUCACCUGAUCUUAUGUUAAACUAGUUCACACGCCAUUGUUGAAUAAAGUAAUCCGUGAAUCUCGAGAAAGCAACAGCGACAUCUAGUGGCUACACUGUUAUACCGCAAGUAUGAGGUAACCGGAAGUACAUUACUGUGAAUCAAGCUAGAAGAAAGUGGCGUUUAUGUUUUUCCUGUAUAUAGUGCGGGCCUUGCAAUGAGCUUACAUUGAGAUCAGGAUACUGGACUGUGCAGUACGAGGAAUGUCACUUUUCCUGGUAUAUCUGGCUGGAGUGAUUGGUCUUUACAUAAUCAUUUAUUAUAAUGUGAUUAAAUGCUGUACAUGCAAGAGCACCGCUGUGCUGAAGGGGAAAACUGCUAUCGUAACAGGUGGGAACACUGGCAUAGGGAAGACUACGGCUUUGGAUCUGGCAAAGCGAGGGGCGCGGGUUAUCCUGGCCUGUCGCAAUAAACGGAGAGCCGAGUCUGCAGUCUUCGACAUUAGGAGGGAGAGUGGGAACAAUGAGGUGGUGUACAUGCAGCUGGAUCUGAGCAGCCUGAAGUCGGUGCGCGCCUUCGCAGAGAUGUUCCUCCAAACCGAGCCCAGGCUGGACCUGCUCAUCAACAAUGCAGGUAUGAUUGGACCUGGCAGGACAGAGGACGGCUUUGGCAUGGCAUUUGGGGUCAACCAUCUUGGCCACUUCCUGUUGACCUGUCUGCUGCUGGACCGCAUGAAGGAGGCUGGGCGGAGUCGCAUCGUAAACGUGGCGGCCCUUCUGCACCGCCUGGGCACCGUCAGCUUCACCACCCUGGCGGCCCACAGAGACCUGGUCACCGGGCAGAGGACCUGGGACAACUUUCAAGCUUACUGCAACAGCAAGCUGUGCAACGUGCUGUUCACCCGGGAACUGGCCAAUCGACUGGAGGGCUCGGGAAUCAGCUGCUUCAGCCUGCACCCAGGUGUCAUCAGCACUGAAAUCGGGCGCAACAUGAGCUGGUGGCUGAGACUCCCCCUCGUUCCCAUCGCCAAGCUGUUCUUCCUGGACGCGGAAGCCGGCGCACAGACCACCCUGCACUGCGCCCUGCAGGAGGGCAUCGAGCCCCUGAGCGGCCGCUACUUUUCCAACUGCGCCUUGCAGGAAGUCAGCGCCAAGGCGCGGGACGACGCUGUGGCCAGGAAGCUAUGGGAAGUGAGCGAGAGGCUUUGUGGUCUGUCCUGAGUCCGUGUCCGGAUGCAGCGGCACAGCAGCUGUCCUGGGUGUGUACCUGUAAUUCAAGGGCUUCUGAUCCAGCAAAUCUUUCAGAAAAAUGCCUUAAAUGACUCCUUACCAGUGUCUUAAUACUUUUCUUAAAGUUUUUGGGGGAAAAAACUGAAUUAUUUUUGUUUUCUAACUUGACUAAUAUGUAGUAAUUUAACUUUUUUAACAAUUCAAAUGAACAAGUGUCAUGCUUGCAAAGUUUAACUUAUUACCGGGGCUGAGCGUAAAAAGACAUCAUCUGUAGGCCUGUCGGUGAAGGUCAGAAAAUGUAAUUGUAAUCACGUGUCAAUAAAUCGGAAAUUCAGACA